AUGUCAGAUAGUGAUAAGACAAAACCGCUUUGUUACACGGAGAGGUUUGUUCGAGUUCCAAAAGUGCCAUUUGGUUUAUGUAAUCCCCCAGUCACGUUUGAGCGAUUGAUGGAGUAUGUACUAGCUGGCUUACAGUGGCAGAUAUGUCUUGUUUAUUUGGACGAUAUAAUUGUUAUUGGAAAAACUUUUGCAGAGAUGAUAGAAAAUUUAGACAAGGUAUUCAAAAGAUUUGAAGAUGCUGACUUGAAAUUUAAGGCAAAGAAAAUAUGCAGUGAUUUUGCAAUCGGGGCUGGGGCUGUCACAGAAAAUAGAUGGAAAGAAAAGGUUGUGGCAUAUGCUAGUCGCACACUUAAUUUAGACUAUGAGGAUAGUGAUUUUUAUCGCAGUGAAAUUUCAGACACUGAAGAGUUGAAGAUAAACCUGGUGACAAUUUUACCAAGACAAACCAGGAGAAGAAUCAAUGAACAACAGAAG